GAGGGUCGGACAGGAAACAGAAACCAGUAUCAGGGAGAAGGAGGAAGGAGAAAGAUCCCAGCUACAGAGGAGGAGAGCCGGUGGGUGCCAUCAGGUAAAUGCAGAGAGAAAAGCUGAAGAUUGAAGAAACGACCAAUGUCAUAAUACAGAGUGCCGUGUCCAAGCAUAUUAAUGGAAAGUUGAGUGGAAGGAAGAAGUGUGGUAGAAAAAGGUGCACAAGCAACAGGGAUAACCGCAGCCUUGAAAGGAUUGUCAAGGAAAGGCCAUUCAAGAAUUUGGGGGAGAUUCACAAGGAGUGGACUGCGGCUGGAGUCAAUGCUUCAAGGGCCACCACACACAGACGAAUCCAGGACAUUAGCUACAAGUUCUUGCAUUCCUUGUGUCAAGCCACUCAUGACCCAGAGACAACGUCAGAAGCGUCUUCCCUGGGGGGAGCCCAGCACUGUGCACACAUGGCAUCAGGCUGCAGCGAGCUAGAAUCAGCUAUUGAGAUUUUGGUCCGGAAAUUUUAUGACUAUGCCAAGAGGAAAGGGAAGCAUGACAAGAUGAACAAGAAGGAAUUUCGUGAGAUGGUGGCGAAGGAGCUGCCACACGUCCUGACUAACACACAGAACAAGGAGGCAGCGAACAAGCUGAUCCAGUCCUUGGAUUUGGACGAGGAUGGGAAGAUUAGUUUUGAUGAGUAUUGGACAUUGAUCGGGGAGAUCGCCCUGAAGCUGAGCCAACAGAUGGCGAUGCAGUACCAGGAGCGACACUGAAGGCUUGUUCUGCCAUCCGUCCAGCAGGGGGCAGACGACUGAUGAGAUGAAGCCACGUAUUAGGGGACAGCACUGACUGUUAUGUUAUAACCGUCUUACUCCUAGAAUCCUUCACAAACUGUGUUAUCUGAGCCAAGGAACAAAUGUGUGAGGUGACUACAUGUGGGAGGCCUCGCUGCAGCGGACAUGGUGUCAGGAAUCCAUCCUGUGCUGCCAGUGCCACGCUGGGUGUUCCUCCUCUCAGCAGAUGAUGGGAGUAACCAGUAUGCUGAAUUUAUGUGUACUAUGUCCUGUGUAUCCGAUUGUAUGAACAAACAUCAUUUUGACCAAUUUUUUUUUUACUGUAUUUUGAUGUUUAAAUUGUAAGCCAAAGGACAUCGCCACCUAGUGGGGAAUUGUGGUAGAACAUGACUGUGGCAUACGUUAAUAUAUAAAUAUAUUGUAAUUGA